GAACAUCUCACUUGUCAAGGGACAAACCCUGACGUCGACAGGAGAAUUGUUCCAACUGGGCUUCUUCAGUCUAGAUGAUAGUUCAGCGAAGGGAUAUUUUGGAAUCUGGUACUGCAAUCUCACACCGCAAGAAGGCACUGUAGUAUGGAUCGCCAAUAGGAACAUGUCCGUCAACACAUCCAUGGCAUCCUUCAACCUCACUUCUGAUGGAAAUCUAAUCUUAUUUGAGGAAGACAGAAUUGUUUGGUCGACGGGAACAAGAUCCCAAGAACUCAAUUCUGCACGGUUGCAGCUUUCAGAAUCUGGAAACCUCGUGCUAAACGACAGCAACUCGAUUCUAUGGCAGAGCUUCGACCACCCAAGCGACAGCCAGACGUAUCUCCCUGGCAUGAAGUUUGGAUUUGUCAAACAGACCAACACAUCACGGCGGCAAGUGUCAUGGAAAAACUCCACAGAUCCUUCUCCGGGAGACUACAUCCAGAUGAUUCGUGCUCAACCUAUACCGGAUUUGAUCACGUUGAACGGAUCCGCCAAAUACCAUCGCGGCGGCCUGUGGAAGGAAUAUAUGAUCAGCCUUCCAUCGACGGCGAGCUCGGUAAGGCCCACGUAUGUUUCCAACGAGAAUGAGGGCUACUUUACGUUUAGUUAUACGGCCUCGCCGACGCCGGUGCUGUUACGGGCAGUGUUGUGCGCCAAUGGAACCUUCCAGACUUGGUUUCUUGACAGGAGUGGCAAGGAAGAGUGGCAACUUCUGUGGUCGGUUCCGGAGGACGAGUGCGACGAGUACAAUCGUUGUGGCCGCAACAGCGUGUGCACCUGGAACUACUAUACCGUCAACUGCGAUUGCAUGGACGGGUUCAUAAAGAUUGUGGAGAACGGAAGCGAGGGCGGGUGCCAGAGGGAGAAGCCUUUGAAUUGCUCGUCGAACCAGUUUUCCAAGGUGCAGAACGUGAAGCCGCCCGACCCUCAGAACGCUACAGCGAGAGGAAACAUGAGUCUCGAUGACUGCAAGAAUUUGUGCUUGAAUAAUUGAUCCUGCGUGGCGUAUGCGGUGAUUAGUGGGUUUUAUGGAUGCAUAACUUGGCCUAGUGAUCUGUUGGAUCUCAGGAUUUUUGUCGUUGGAGGAUAUGAUUUAUACAUUCGGCUCGCAGGAGAAUUGGAUCACCCAAGUACGAUUGGAAAAAACAGGACGGGGAGAAGAAUUCUAUUUAUUGUCGUCUCUAUUGCUGCAACACUGUUAUUCCUUUGUGUCAUUUUUAUUUACCGUCGAAGGAAAAAAGCAACGAUACGAAGAGGGAAUCUACUUGCAGCAACAUUCAAUCAACAUGAAAUAAGAGGUACAGAAUCACUAUUGUUUGAUCUGGAGGCUAUUAGGAUAGCUACAGACAACUUCUCUGAUAGAAAUAAGUUGGGAGAAGGAGGAUUUGGGUCUGUUUAUAAGGGAACACUGGAGAACGGAGAGCAUGUAGCAGUAAAAAGACUUUCAAGAAGCUCAGGACAAGGACUAGAUGAGUUGAAAAAUGAAGUGUUUUUGGUUGCCAAACUUCGACACAGAAACCUUGUGCGGCUGUUGGGCUGUUGCUUAGAUUCAGAGGAGAAACUACUCGUUUACAAUUACCUUGCUAAUACAAGUCUUGACAAGUUUUUGUUUGGUAUAAUUUCAGUCUCCGUUUUGCAUGACAACAUCCUCAAUCCAUGGAACUGAUUAUCUAGUAGUUUGCUAAUCUGAUAGAGUACUUAGUAGUGUAGUUGUUCAAUUUCAUUCUCGAAUAUAUGUUCUUGGAUUGGUUAUGUAUAAGAUUACAUGAAUAGUUUUGUCCUUUAUUGCACACACCAUGAUCCUCAAAAUUAGUAACCAAAUAUUAUAUAUGGAUGGUGCAGAUAAUUCAAAAAGAAAACAGUUGGAUUGGGCAAGAAGGUUUAAGAUCAUUGAGGGCAUUAGUCGAGGACUUCUUUAUCUUCAUGAAGAUUCGCCAUUGAAGAUCAUUCAUCGAGAC